AUGCUACGCGCGCCAUGGCUCGGGGCGCUAAUCCUCGCGACGAGCGGUGGGGUGUCGGUGCUCGCGGACUACCAGACGGUCGAAAUCUUCUCGGACGCUAACUGCAAGUCGAUUCCCUUUGUGGUCACUCUCGAAAUGACCAACACAACCUGCUCGAAGAGUGACACGUGCAGCGCCAUCGAAAUCAACAACUCGUCCUACUACUACGCGGAACGAUGCGCCACCGACCGGUUCGAAUACACGUCGCAGCUUUUCAGUGGCGCCAAGUAUCUCAUGAUUGACGGGUUCAAAGAAGAAGGGUGCGAGUCGUACGCAGGCUCCAACGUCUUCUUGGCCGCGGGCACCUGUCAGCUCGCUUCGUAUGUAGGUGCACGCAGCGAAAUCGCGACGCUCUUCAACGACGGAUCAGCGUACAUGACCAUUUACAACGACUCGGCGUGUGCCACUAAGGCGCAGACGUUCGACCUCAAAGCGUCAACUAUUCAAGAACACUCGUGUUAUCAGGGUUUCAACAAGUUUUAUACGUCAGACCACACAGGUAUCUUCACAGGAAGCGACAGCGGCAGUGGAUCCAACACCACAGCGACGUCGUCGUCGUCGCAUGACUCGGACAUGACUACCGGUGCGUUGUUUGGCAUCGUGGUGGCGUGCCUGGCUAUUGUGAUUCUACCCGCCCUACUGAUCUACUGGAAGAUGCGUCGCCCGAAGCGAAAGGAGAUGAAGGGCGGCCCUGACGUUAUUAACCGGGCGCGAACGCCCGACGUCGCGUUAGCGGUUAGUGACAAGCACGAGAACGAAGAGCGAUAUGUACCGGAGAUGUCACCCAGGAGUGACCAGAGAAGCACCUUAAGCUCGCACACGGGAGGGUCUGGCCAAGUGCUGCGUAGUAACGAGCUGAGAUGCGACCCUUUGCGUAGUGAUGAGCUGCGUGGUACUCCUCUCUAUCGUAAGGACGAGAAGAAACGACGGAGUGACGAGCCACGCAGUGGAAACAGGCUGCGUAGCGAUAGGUUUCGUGGCGAUUCGAUCGGCCGAAGCGGUCGCUUGCAUACGGACGAGCUGCGCUCUACGCCCGUACGAGGCAAUCGGAUGCUACGUCAGGAAGUGAGCAAGCCGAUUCAGACUGACCCCGUGCGUAGCGACCGUCUGAAGAAUGAACGUCAACGCAAGGAACGGCAACGAGAGCGACACCGCGGGGAUGAACCACGAAGCGACCGUAGCGAUCGCGAUCGAAUGCCUAGUGACCCGGUACGCAGUGACCGGAUGCGCAGUAUCGAGCUGCGUAGCCAUCGCACGCCUAGCGAUCCGAUACGGAGUGACAGGUCUGCGAAGCCUCAGCCCAUUCAUGCCCAACGACUGCGUGGGCCGGUCACGGCGGACAGCGUGUGUGAAGACGACGCCAUCUUGUCGUCUCGUAUCCCACGUGACAGCGUGUUUGUCGAAGACCUGAUAGGUCGCGGAGGGUAUGGAGAAGUGUACAAGGGUACGUAUGAAGGAAGAGCGGUAGCCGUGAAGAUGCUCUUCCCGGAGACGCGGAAGAGCACACGCCACGUGACGGAGUUCCUCACUGAAGUGAAGAUGAUGACCGUCAUGGAUCAUCCGCGCGUCGUGCAGUUUAUUGGCGUAUCGUGGAACAACUUGAUGGAUCUGUGUGUAGUCACUGAGUUCAUGGCCGGCGGCGAUCUGCGCGCGUGGCUGAGUGACCGCGCAGACAACGACAGUCCCGUGGGCUUUGACUUCGCCAAGGUGAAGAUCGCCACGCACGUCGUACACGCACUCGCCUACUUGCACUCUCUGUCUCCUUCAGUGAUCCACCGUGACUUAAAGUCUAGGAAUAUUUUACUCAGUGAGAACCAGGACGCCAAACUGGCGGACUUUGGCGCGUCUCGUGAACGGGUAGACCGUACGAUGACUGCAGGCGUCGGAACGUCGCUGUGGAUCGCGCCAGAAGUGAUGAUGGGCGAGCGAUAUGAUGACAAGGCGGACAUAUUCUCGUUCGGCGUGGUACUGUCGGAAUUAGACUCACAGCAGAACCCGUACGCCCACGCGAAGGACAAGAACCCGACGGGGCGCAAAAUGCCCGAGACAGCCAUCCUCCAGCUCGUGGCGAUGGGUAAACUACGCGUCGAGUUUUCUCCAGGUGCGCUAAAGGGAAUUGUACAGCUUGGCACGGCGUGUACAGCGAUUGACCCGACGAAGCGGCCGUCAGCAGCCGAGGCGUUCCGAAAGCUCCAGACGAUUCUGGCUCAAGAGGCCAGGAAAGCAGCCAACGCGAAAUGA